AUGGAACUUGACCUUGAUGGAAGUUUGAAUAGAUUAAUUGCGAGAAUAGAGACCGAGGUCAUAGCCAGUGCGCCAACCGAGCGGGGGGCGCUGAGAGAAGCGAAAAACGAGUUCCGGCGCUGUUUGGGCUCCAUUGUCCUGCCCGAAGUUGCCAGUAUUGCGCUCACCGAAGUGACGGCACUGUCCCAAUGGUUGGAUAGCUACGAAGAGCUACGGACGUCUUCCACCAAUAUGGCUGGCCCGCUGAUUACACCUUGCGCCGUACACGAUCGCCAUGAUGAUAUGCUUCGCAAGUGGGCAUCUGAGCUCUGCGAAGGCGCGCGAGGGGUGGCGUUCAUCCUGAAUGUUGGCGUUGAAGAUGACGAGUGGGAGUUGGUGUCGCGCACGCAGCCUAAAGUGGAGGCAGGAGUGGGACCUGACACAACUGAUUAUGGGCAAAACAAAUUAGCCAUGUCAGACAACGAAAGUGAGCAGGCAGGUGGAGAUACCGUGCACAAUGAUUGGAUGGGAAAGUUUGACCCCAUGUAUCGCGAGUGGUACCAUUAA